AUGAAGACGCACAUCAAGUUUAGCUUCGUUGACGAGACCGACAAGCAAGAGCCGACACGUAUCCAUGGUAGCAAAAUACUAGAGCUACGAGGCCAGUGCACUGAUGCAUUUAAGUAUAUCAAGAGCGCAGUCUUGGACAAACAUCUCAAGAACGUCAGUUUCACCAUCCAGUGCGUCGUCGUGGUCCUAAAUCCAACAUGCGACACCGCCUUCGUCACGGUGCCGCCGUCCGACAUGCAUCAGAACUUCGCCGACUUUCUCCUGGCAGGGGACGGCACCGACGUGGUCUUCCAUGUGGGCCGCGAGACAGUCGCCGCUCAUAGCUGUAUUCUCAUGGCCAGGUCUACGGUCUUCAGCGCAGCUCUCUUUGGCCCCAUGAAGGAAGGAACGUCCACGGCCGCCACUGUGCAUGUAGACGAUAUGUACGCUACAGUAUUCAAGGCCAUGCUGCAGCACUUGCUCGUCGCGGCAGACAGGUACAACCUCCCAAGACUCAGGGCGAUGUGUGAGAAGAAGCUUUGUGAGCACAUCGACGUGAGCACGGUGACCACCAUACUAGGGCUUGCCGAGCAGCAUGGCUGUGACGGGUUGAAGAAGGCGUGUUGCAAGUUCCUCCGGUGUGCGGACAACCUUAGGGCAGUGGUGGCCAUGGACGGCUUUGAUGAUUUGUGCAGGAGCUGCCCCACUCUUAUGAAGGGCAUGAUCCUUGGCGUUCUACCAGCAAAGUAG